UAAAAAAUCCCCUGAUCAUGAAAUUGGGGAAUUGCGAAAAAAAUUAUCGACUUAUUUAUUUUUAGUCGUGAUAAAAAUUUUAAAUGAUGAAUUGAACACCAAUAAUAUAAAAAUUUGUUAUUAAUAAACAAUAAAUACACAUUUUUUUUUAAACAAAUAUUUAUUUUUCAUGUGAAUUCAAAAAUCUGAUAUUGGUGAUUGCAUAAUAUGCCCGGCUUAUUUCUGUUCUAAAUAUGAAUUAUUCUAAUAUAAAUGUAGUCAUUAGUACAUAUUUAAAAGUAGAUCGCAGUCUUAAGCAAAAGUUGUCUAAUAUUUGGUAUAAGAGCUGCGCGUUUGACGAUCGAUGCCAGUUUAAAUAUAUUGCCUUGGGAUCCAGAUUCUUUCACACUUCACAUGCCAGAAGACAAGUAAAAAAAGAUGGUGUUGAAGUUCUUUUAUCUCCACAAGAAGUUACAGUAAUUCUUCGAAAAAAUGAAUACAACAAAGAUUUUCCACACGGGUCAGUCAAGUCUUAUGACUCUAAUCAGCUAUCUUCCAAUGUCCCUAUCGAGGAUACCAGAUGUGAAGCACGGUGCAAAAUGACAUCAGGUUUUCUCAUGGGUGUAUUUGAUGGUCACGGUGGGCCUGCAUGUGCGCAAGUAAUAUCUAAGCGGUUGUUUAAAUAUAUUGCUGCUGCACUGCUGCCUCUAGGUCUCUUGCAAAAAUAUAUUAAACAGGAUCCUCGAGAGUUAUUGAUAGAAACUUUUAAUGAUAGAGCAGAAAUUGUACAGGAUCUUAAGUCGAUAUAUGAUAACAGUUUUAAUAAAUUUUUAAACAAACUGUUAUUAACUGCCAAGGAUGAGAUUAAUAUUGAGGCAUCAUUGGAAAAUGGAAUUAUGGAAUUAGAUAGGGACUUAUCCAGAGAAGUGAUAGACCUCUACAAAGAAAAUAAUACUGUUAAUCAUAAAACUCUGUCCGUAGCGUUGUCAGGUGCUGUUGCUUGUAUGUCCUACAUAGAUGGUCCACACAUGUAUGUUGCCAAUGUUGGAGACUGCAAUGCUGUCGUAGGAACAAUGAAUGAAGAUAAUGAAUGGUUUGCUCAAAAGAUAACCAAAGAACAUAAUACAGAAAAUUUUGAUGAACUAAAAAGAAUUUGGAAUGAGCAUCCCGAUGAAGAGCGUAAAACUGUUAUAAGAAGGGACAGGCUCCUAGGAGAACUAGCUCCUUUACGAAGUUUGGGUGAUUAUAGAUAUAAGUGGUCCACUGAAAUUUUAUCUGAACUGGUGGUGCCUCUUAUAGGACAGAAAGCCAUUCCUGCAAAUUAUUAUACACCACCGUAUCUGACUGCCAAGCCGGACAUAUUUUACCAUAGACUGACACCAAAGGACAAAUUCUUAAUAAUUGCCUCGGAUGGCUUGUGGGACAUGAUGACUCCACUGCAAGCUGUUAAAUUAGUUGGCGAACAUAUGAAAGGAAAAGUGUUUUUCAAUCCGCUUAAGCUUCCCAAAAAGAAUAUUCAGCUGGGAGAUUUGAAUGAUCUUUUAAUGCACAGGAAAGAGAGUUUAAAAAGCAAACCGAAGGAUCGAAAUGCAGCCACACAUCUUAUAAGACAUGCUAUUGGCGGAACGGAGUAUGGUGUUGAUCACUCUAGACUAGCUCAUCUGUUGAGCCUGUCACCCGACGUUAGUCGCAUGUUCCGAGACGAUAUGACUGUCACCGUAGUUUACUUUGAUUCAGAAUAUCUGAGACAGUGUCCAGCUUGAAUUUUUUUUAUGUUAUUGUUAUUAUUGUGAACUAUUACUGUGCCUUUCGACUAAACUGUGUACUCUUUGUCUUUUUGAGUAAAAAAUUACAUGUUUGUAAAUUUUUAUGUUCCUAAAAAGAUAAGUGAUACGUGUACCUAUAUACUUACAUUGUUGUGACCUUAUUUAAAUUAAUUUUGUGUAUUGCGAAUGACUUAUGUGAAUUUUAAUUUAUUUAUUUUAAUUUAAUAGUUAUGUUAUAUUAUAUUAAAUUGAAUUGAAUUUUAUUAUCA